GACGCAGGCACGCGUGUGUCGGCCCCUUUUGCGGUGUCCAUUGGCUCGGCGGCGGCAGCUCCCUCCCUCCGGAAGUGCGGACAUUUCCACUUGGGCUUGGUGGUCGCGGCGACCUUUCCAAGCCACCGUUUCCACAUGUAUGAAGUAUAACAACUCAUCAUCGAAGAAUCAGGACGAUUUAGAGAUGAAAUACAGUAGCUUCAUUCUGAAGAGAGCAAAAAGUUUGAUAAAAGCCAUUAGUAUGACAAAGCUGAUGAGUAGUAGUUGUUCUCGAGAGUUUAUUUAAAACACGACGAGCAAGUAAUUAAAACACAAUUACAACUCAGGAGCUCCCACCUGGGACAAUGGUGUGCAUUCCUUGUAUCGUCAUUCCAGUUCUGCUCUGGGUCUACAAAAAGUUCCUGGAGCCAUACAUAUACCCUCUGAUUUCCCCCUUCGUUAGUCGCAUAUGGCCUAGAAAAGCUGUGCAAGAAUCCAGUGAUACAAGCAAAGGCAAAAUAGGGUAUAAGGGUGCAGACAUAAAUGGAUUACCAACAUCAGGAUCGACAGAAAUCUCUGAUAAAAAGAAAGACUGAAGGCAUUGACCCAGGGACCUCCUUGUUUUCAAAACGGACCUAAUAAUGUGAAGCACCUUCUUUGUAAUUGUCUCUGACCUUUUUCUCUUAGAACUAGGGGUGGAUGGUUUAGAUGUUUGUCUGAUGCUGAUCAGGAAACAUAUGGUAUUUAUAUUUAGAAAGUAUUUGGUUAUAGUUAAUGAUCUCAUUCCCGAGUUCCUUUUUCAUUAACGUAGCAGUAACAGUAUGAAUGAAUAGGUUUGUGCCAGUAAACAUUGUUACUACAUCAGUCCCUAAGCAUCCUUGGGCUUCUAGCUUCUGUUCAGGCUCUUUGAAUUUGAGUGGAGUGUGUUUUCACUAUGAAACAGUACAGUGAGACUGGGCAGUGAAAUAAAUGAAAGGGAGUGUUUGGAGGUGAUAAUGACUUGAAACAUAAAGUUAUAGUCACUGCCCAACACAAUGGAGCCCCCUAUCUGCAAGAGUAGAAAUUACAGGUUUUGCUCCGAAGAAAAUAGCAACGACAAGACAUUGAGGAAAUUUCUUUGGGAAAAAUGGUACAGUUUUUACAUAAAUGUCUAAUGUAUAUUAUAAAAUUCUAAUCUUUGUUGCAUUCCUUCUAUUCCUACAGAAUGUAUUAAAUAUUCAGUUUAGCUUGU